AUGUUUUUUAAAUCCCUUUUUCUCUCACUGUAUUUAUUUUUCUUUAUUUCUUAUGUUGAAAUAAUAUUUUGCAUAAGAAUAAAAAGGAAUAAUUUAUAUAAUUUUCAAAACAUGACAAAUUCUUUCAAUGUUAAAAAUUUAGAUGAUGUGAAGGAAAAGGUUAAAUACGAGAAACAUACGUACUGCCUAUUACUAGAUAAAUAUAAAGUAAAUAAAAUAUUAAAGAACAAAAGAGCUAAAUUCUGGCUAUUAGAUAUUUAUAAAUUUCCUUCCGUUUUAAAAUAUAAAGAGUAUAAAAAUUGUUUCCUGCAAAAUGAUCAUAAUGAUAAAAAUAAUCAUAUGCUAAAUUUUAUUUAUAAUAACUACUUGAAAAAAAGAAAUCACCAAAAUGCUAAGAAUGAAAGUGAGAAUGGCAAUUAUAAUAAUGAUCAUAAUGAUAAUCAAACGUGUAACAAUAUGAAUAUAUUUUUUUCGAAUGAAUACUUUAAAAGUCAAUCAAACUUUAAUGAAGAAGAUUUUAGACUAAUUCCGCUCAACGAUUUUUUUAAUAAAAUUUUACUUGAACUCUUUUAUAAACAAAGGGAAGAAAGCAUACAUGAUGAUGGGAUUUAUACGAAAAAUAAUAUUAAAUCAAUGUCUCAUCUGUUUAAUGACAAUUCACCUGAACAGUACAGGCAAAAAGAGAAACAACAACAAGUUGGUAAUAUUAUCAUGUGUAAUAGCAAUUCACCUGAACAGUACAGGCAAAAAGAGAAACAACAACAAGUUGGUAAUAUUAUCAUGUGUAAGAACAAUUCACCUGAACAGUACAGGCAAAAAGAGAAAGAGCAAGCAGUUGAUAAUAUUAUAAUGUGUGAUGAGAAAUUAUGUGAAACAUUGAUAAACGAUGACGAAAUAAAUGAACAUGAUGAAAAUAAAAAUUCUGUAGAGAAUUUGUGUGAGGAUUUUAAGAAGGAUAAAGAUGACAUAGAAAUUAUAUAUAAUAUGCACAAGUUCGAAUAUAUAGAAGAAUUAUUUGAAUUGAUAAAAGAAGAGGAUAUAAAAUUUCAGAAAGUAAAAUUAGAAUUUGGUUAUGAUAAUAUGAACACAUCAGAAAUUUUGAGGAAGAUAUUUCCAUCUAUAAAUGAAAUAAUACACAAGUUUGAAAUAAUAGGUCAUAUAGCACAUUUAAAUUUUUGUGAUAAAUUAGAGUCUUGUAAAAAAAUAAUAGCCGAAAUAAUAUUAGAUAAGAAUAAAAGUAUAAAAACAGUGAUAAAUAAAAAGGACAUAUUGAAUAAUACUCAUAGAACAUUUAAUAUUGAACUUUUAGCAGGUGAGAACAAUUAUGUUACUCAAUUAAAAGAGAAUAAUAUAAGAGUAAAAUUAAAUUAUGAAUUAAUAUAUUGGAAUUCAAAAUUAAAAAAAGAACGAGAUCGUAUAUAUAAUUUGGUAAAAGACAAUUCUAUAAUAAUAGAUGUUUUUGGUGGUGUUGGUAUAUUUAGUUUAUCAUUAAGUAAAAAAAGUUGUUUAUGUUUUUCUAAUGAUAUUAAUGAACAUGCAUAUAAAUAUAUGAAUAUAAAUAUUUCAAUGAAUAAAAAUAAAAAUAUAUUAACCUAUAACAUGGAUGGUCGUGAAUUUCUAGAAAAAUUAUUUAAUUUAAAAAUUUUUUCAAAAAAUAAUAACGUUUUAACAUUAUAUAUAAAUGACCAAAAUCAAAAAAAUAUAUCGCUUGAUGUUUUGAAUAGUAAAAACCAUAUUCUCACGGGAAAUGAUAAAAAUAAAAGUAAAAAUAAAAAUAAAAAUAAAAACCAUAUUCAAAAUAAUAAUACGUGUGAAAAAGAGAAUAACAUAUCUGAUAGAAAAUGUCCCUACAUUCAUAAUGAUAAUAAUCAAAGAAACAUUACAUGUGAUCAUAAUAAUGAUCAAAGAAACAUUACAUGUGAUAAUAAUAAUAAUAAUAAUAAUAUUAAUGUUAGUGGUAAUAAUAGUAUUCAUCAAUACGCUGAUAUGUAUGAACACAAAUUCAAAUAUCAAAAAAUACGAGAAGAAAAUAUUGACAAUUCAAAAAAUGAAGAAAAUCAUAAAAUAGAUAUAAACUUAAACAUCUAUGAAGAUAUACACAUAUUAAUGAAUUUACCUCAAACAGCUUUGGAAUUUCUUAAUGUUUUCAAAAAAUAUAAAAAAGAAAAAAAUGAUGAACUAAGAAAUGUGUUCAUUCAUUGUUAUUAUUUUGCUAAACCUGAAUUUUUUUAUGAACAUGCAGAAAAAAAUAUAUUGCUCCACUUUAACCAACUUCCAAAGGAUAUUAAAAUUACAGAGAUAAGAAAAGUUUCACCCAGUAAAUUAAUGUAUGUUGUAGAAUUUAAUUUAAAGGAUUUAUUAUAA